ACCUUGGUCUGAUCGGACCCCGACCAAAUCUGAAGAGGUGUCUGAUAUAGUACUAUAGCACGUGAGAAAUUAAAGAGUGUGCGGGACAGAGAGAACGGGCGAGCAGUGAUAGAGAACAGGAGAAAGCACGGAAGAGGUUGCUAAUAGCACGGAAUUUUGGGCGAGUGAGCGUGGAAGUCUGGAUGGGGGAAUCACGAGGAGGAGAACUCACAAACGGCCACGACACCAGACAUGAGUCCGAGAUAUCUGCUGUUUUAGGUGGCGGUCUGACGACGAUGCUCCAUGCCAUGGAAGUCCCAAGUCAUGCUAGGCACCUCCUCCUGCAACUCAACACCCAGCGCACCAAGGGCUUCCUGUGUGAUGUCAUCAUCGUGGUGCAGAACGCGUUGUUCCGAGCCCACAAGAACAUUCUGGCCGCCAGCAGCCUCUACCUGAAGUCCCUGGUCGUCCAUGACAACCUCAUCAACCUAGACCAUGAGAUGGUGAGUCCCGGGGUGUUCCGGGUCAUUCUAGACUACAUCUACACGGGCCGCCUGACCGAAGGAGACCCCAGCUCCCCAACAGAGCCCAACCUGGGGGCCGUGCUGGCUGCAGCUAGCUAUCUGCAGCUACUGGACUUAGUGGCGUUGUGUAAGAAGAAGCUGAGGAGAAAUGAGAAGUACCCUCUCCGCCCCACUCCUGCCUUUUUGCGCUAUGGGAAGAUGGGGCCCAAUAGUUUGGGUUUAGGGGGAGGGGGCAGGUAUCGGGUGUCCACCCCUGUUAUUCAGUCCUGCUACCCAGGUGGAGUUGGGAACACCCACACGCCCCGAGCCCCACCACUAGAGGAGCUGUCGCUGCACCCCCAUGCCACCCAUGCAGGGGAGUUGUAUGCCCCCACCUCUUCACAGGGCCCUCAGGUGUUCCCCUCCACACCCUCAGCCCUGCCUGCCCAGCCCAGCCUGCGCCCAGCUCACUCUGACAGGAACUGCUCCCCCAUCUAUGGCCUGGACCUCUCCAAGAAGAGUCCCAACUCCCAGUCCCAGAACACUCCCUCCCACCCCCACCUGGCUCAUGCCCUGCCCCACAACGAUGAGGAUCGGGAGGGGGGGCUGAGCAGCCGCACUAGCCCAAUGCUGGGGGCCAACGGCGGGGCCUACCCCACAGAAAAGAUGGAAACAGCUGAUCAGGCUGGGUCUCUCCCUCUUCACUCCUACCCCCACCUCAACCAGCCCCUCGGGCCCCACCUGCCCCACCUCCACCGCUCCAGCUCCCAAGGUCCAGACCACUACCCCUGCCCCCCCAGCCCCGACACCCCCACAGAGGCUGGAGAGCCCAGCAGGGAGGUGGGCAACAUCUACCGCUGGGUGAAGCAUGAGCCACUGUCAUACACAGCUGAAGAUGAAGAAGAUGACGAAGAUGAGGAGGAAGGGGGUCGAAACGGAGACCAGGACCACCAGCAUCACAACCACCAUCAUAAGGCAGGGGAGGAAAGCGAGGAUCGCUACCGUAGGGUGGGCUGUGACGGGGAGGAUGAGAAGAGUGGGUCAGGCAGUGAGGAGACAGGCAGUAGUGAGGGUCGACCAUCACCCCCAGGGGCCAUGGGAAGGUUCCACCUACCCUACGAGCCUGAGAGCUUUGGGGACAACCUGUACGUGUGCAUCCCCUGUGACAAGGGCUUCCCCAGCUCUGAGCAGCUCAACGCCCAUGUGGAGACCCACACAGAGGAGGAGCUGUACUCUGGAGGGGAGAUGGGUAGCAGCAACAGCAACCCCAAAAACAACAGCAGCAACAGCAACGGUAAUGGCAGCCUGGGCAGCCUGUCCUACCUGGAGGGGAAGUCCAGCCAGAGCCUGACUCCUGGGGUCCUGGGGGAGAUCAUCAGACCCUAUCGCUGUAACUCCUGUGAGAAGUCCUACAAGGACCCGGCCACGCUGCGCCAGCACGAGAAGACCCACUGGCUCACAAGGCCCUACCCCUGCAGCAUCUGUGGCAAGAAGUUCACCCAGCGCGGCACCAUGACCCGCCACAUGCGCAGCCACCUGGGACUCAAGCCCUUUGCAUGCGACCACUGCGGCAUGCGCUUCACCCGCCAGUACCGCCUCACAGAGCACAUGCGCAUCCACUCCGGGGAGAAGCCCUAUGAGUGUCAGGUGUGCGGGGGCAAGUUCGCCCAGCAGCGCAACCUCAUCAGCCACAUGAAGAUGCACAGCAGUGGGGGGGGCGGAGGGGCUCUGACGGCCGACGGAAAGCUAAAGCUGGACUUUUCGGAGGGGAUCUACCCCCUGAGUAAAUACGCAGCAGAGCACCUGGGGCUGAAGCAGGAGAAGGCCUCAGAGCUACUGGUAGAGCAUGCUAUGGAGAGCCUGUUCCCGCUGUCCAAACUGGCAGCAGAACACCUGCGCCUCAACCACCAUGACAAGAUGGAUGUCCUGGGGAUCCAGGCCCUGCCCCCCCCUCCCCCAGGGUCCCUCUCUGACUCCCACUCACGUAUCAUUGACCACUACUCCCCCAGCUAAGAUGGCCUUGGCUACCAAACAGUCCUGUGGGCACACAACUUAACUUACAGUAUUCUAACGUCAUUCACCUCAACUUCAUCAGUAUCUGCACCUCAGACUAAGGCCAAUACCUGGCCUAAAGAAUGCCCACAAACUGUGUAGACUCCUAUAAGUGCCUUUCUUUCCAAAGUUUGCAUUAUAUGCAUUUCAAAAACCUUCCUAGAAGAACUGUGCUAUUUCUAUUAUAUUUUGACCAAGGAAUACCCACUCAAAACAGUGUAGUAUUUAUCUAUAUGUAAACAAGGUUUUUUUUUUAUUAAACCACCGAGCCAAAAACAAAUUGAGAACCAAAAAGCAUUUGUUUUUAUUUAUUUUUUUGUGCGUUAUGAAAAACCAAAGAAACUGUUGCAAGAAAGUGUUGCAAUCAGACCCUGAACCUGUGUACUAAAUGUACUGUUGUACUAUUACUGUUGUAAAUGUAUAUCAAAUGGAAAAAAGCACAUAUGGACAUGAUUCAGGGCUCCUGUCCAGAACUGAAAGGAACGCUGCACAAAAGAAAAAGCCAAACCUUUGGGAUUUGCAAGUGAUUGGAACACUUCAUUUAGUUUUUGGGGUACUGGAUGUCCUCUGUAUCUUCCUAUUCAGUUGUACCCCAUGCUCCAGAUGUUCUAGUCAUGAGGGAGUGAAUAACGGAAGACAGCAUUCGCUCCGCCAUUUAAGUCAAGUGAUCUAUGCUUUGUUUUUCCACCGUUUUUACGUACUUCAUGAUGUUGUGUACAGAGAGACUCAUAUUAAAUAAUAGUAGCUUACUGACUCUUACACCCAGUGCCAUAACCCUUUAAACCCAUAACCUCUCUUUUGACUUGCAUCCCAGUGCCUUCAAAUUGUUAUUGAAAAGUAGCGAGGAGCACAACCCUGUGAUCUCACAACUGGGACGCAUCAUGGUGCAUACCCAACUGAUGACACGCCAAUCCUUCUCCAUGGCUUCAACAUCCAGUGGUGUGGAGUGUAGACUAAGCAUGGGUGUUGCCUGUGACAUUGUGUAAUAUUUACAAUGGUGGGUGCAGCUGUACAACUCACCAGAGGAGAGCACAGAGAGGCCACCCAAGUCAGUGCCGAGAGGCUAGAGUCAAUUACCACCAAUCAGUCACUAUCAAUAGCAGCAAUUCCCUCUAACACAGAUGAAGAAUCAGGACUGACAAUUGUCCCAUACUGCAGAUAAAUAACCACUUUAAAACCAUUUGACCACCCCCAUGUAGUCUCAACUCUGUCUGAGAGACAGAGGGCCGUGCUGUCAUUGACAGGCCAAAGUGACUGCUCCGCUGCUGCCUUAAUACACAUACGUUCACACACACACACACAGGGACUGGGAGCUGCUAAUGUGACGACGUUGUGAACAUGAGAGCUGGGCGCUAGCUGCCUCUGACAGUGCUCUGCUUGUGGUGCGGCGGCAGGCCGGGCCGUCGGUGUGGGUGAACAGCACAGCCCAGCUGCUGGCCUCCCAGUCUUCCAAUAAUCCCUGUGAAAUCUCACAUUCUCCCUGACAAUUCACACUGUCUGUCAGCCUGACGGCCCAUUUCAUGCCUGCCAUCCAGCCCCUCUGAUCCACACCAUGACAAGACAUCCGAGCACUGCCGAGCCGAGUCCUACCAUCUGCCCUUCCAUGCUUCCCUGCCUCUCUGCUAGCAGACUAUCAUACAUGGCACAAUACAGUACAGUAGCAGGUCUCAAUAUCAACCACCCAGUUCCUUUAGAAAACAAUGAGCACUUAUGGUUUUGGGGUUGAAGGCACUUAUUGUUUUGCAAUUUAAAAAAUAUAUAUAUUCCAAGGAGCAUGCUGGCUUUUUCUUUUUCUACGUUGUCGGACCUUGUGUCAGAUUGGAGUUUGUUGACCACUAUAGUGCCAAUGCCAACCUCAGUAGGUUAAUGUGAAGACUAAAGCCAUGAAUGCACUGUGAUAGACUUAGUGAAUCUUAAAACCUUAGCUUGGAGACUGAGACAGUAAGCCCUUGUAUUGUGGGAUUGUAUUAAUGUACAACAUUAAUUGAAUGGCUUUAUUCUGUAGCAAAAUGAGCAUAUCAAGGUGUGUUUUUCUGUCCCAUAUUUUCUUUCUCUUUCUUUAGAUUUUGAACCAAAGCAAAGUGAAACUGGUGCUUACCUCAGGACUGAACCCAGCAUGGGGACGCAACACUUUAGCUACACAGCAAUCAACCAACCAAACACACACGUACACACUUAGAUACAAGCCGAUACAGACAUCUACACACAUUUUUAUUUUUAUUUUGAGGGGACAAUAGUCCUGUGCUAAACUUGUGGUUAUUUCAUGGUUAUGAGAUGUCUUACAAUUUUGUUGAUAACAUGUGAUAUUAACAUUUUCUGCUUUUAUCUUCAUAUUUUGUGUAAAUGUUCCUUUUUUACUGCCCUCAAAGAGGCUUUGUGUGGUUCAGACCAAUGACAUAAUCUUCAUAAGGAAAAGUCAAGCUGGUGAUCUUCUUUAAUUCAACAGAAUAUACAAAUGUACAUGUUGAUAGGGCUUGUAAGACAAGACGUAAGGCAAUACCUCUGGUUCCAAAGAAACAUAUAAACACUCUAUGUGAGUUAGGUCUUUUAUUUUUCACCCAAAGCCGCAAUGUUUAGUGACGUGUUUGGUUGCACACCAGGAGUGAUGUAUUUCUCAGUGUUUCCCUAAACAGAUAAACAGUGGCUGGGCUCUGAGCGGGUGAAAGCUAUAGCCUGAAGAUGUUUGACCCAUUUCUCUGGACGGGGUUUGUGAGCUGAUGAUGAUGAUACUCAGACUAAGGCUGUGUGUGUAUUCAUACCACAAACACACUUUAAGCUAGCUUGUUUCCAGCCUACGUGGAACACAAAAAAUCCACACUUGUCUCCAAAGUUAAUUUAGAAAAUAGUCUCCAGCUGUUUUGUAAUAACAAAAUAAACUAGUUUAAAUGACAGGGGCAGUGGACAAUUUCAAUCUUCUAUUUAUCAUGGCAGUAUGAGGUUGGACCACAGACAUGUGAAGUCCCAUAGACAAGAGGUAACAGCCCAUUUGAAGUGGAUGUCAAUGGUGGGAAUAUACAUCUCGCCUGCUCAUUCUCUCUCUCAUUCAUUAGUUCAAUCUCACUGAAAGUCUAUCUCCCACUUUCCUUUUUGUGCACCGUUAAAACAAGAAAGAAUGUGUUUCCACUGACACACCGAAUCUGUACGGGAAGAGAAAGCAGGAUAAUGUUCAGCGUUACUGUUCUGAAAUGACCCUUUAUAUAAAGGGAAAGGGGGAGACCUAGUCAGUUGUACAACUGAAUGCCUUCAACUGAAAUGUGUCUUCCGCAUUUAACCCUCUGAAUCAGAGAGGUACGGGGCGUUGCCUUAAUCAACAUCCACGUCUUCGGCGCCCGGUAAAGAUGGGUUAACUGCCUUGCUCAGGGCCAGGGGGGCCGUGUGUGUGUGUGCGUGCGAGCGAGUUUAAAGGGAGAAGUGUUGGGUUGUCUGUUUGUGUCCACAUGUUAUUUGAGUAUAUGAAUGGCUGUUAAUGUAUGCUCUGGGAAUAGUUCUGGUGUGGAGGAGCAGAAAGUGAACUCUUGGCUGGGCUUUAGCGUUGAGCAGGAUGUGCAGUGUGUUUCUGCUCGCGGACCGAUAGAGACACAGAUGGAGAUAGGGAGGGAGAGGAGUAUGGAGAGCUCAGCAGGGUGGACAUGAGCCCAUUGUUUAAAUAUGAAAGACUGAUCUUACUUCUAAACCUCUCCAUUCAGAAAACGUUAAGAGCCUCCCUAUCUUCUUUUUCUCCUCUUCCUUCCUUCCUUUUUUUUUCUUUUUUUAAAGGGGAGGAAACCCCUGUCCACUCUUAUAUUGUACAGUGCUGUUCUUACUGUGCUCUACUUUCAGAAAGGUCCAAUGCAGACGUUUUUAUUUAAAUAUUACAAUUUUGGGGUAACAAUGAAGUACCUAACUGUGAUUGUUUUCAAUCAAAAUGGUAGAAAAAAAAGUUUCUUAGCAAAGAGCAAUUUCUCAAACAAGUCUGUCUGGGAGUGGUCUGAGUGGGGAGGGGAAAACUGAAAACUAGCUGUUAUUGGCAGAGAGGUUUGGAACUCUCUUUCUUAUUGGUCUGUUAACUAAUUUAGGCUGGCCAAAACUCCACCCCAUACAGCUCUUACACCAAAAGGACAUUCUCAUAAUUUUCACAAUUUCACAGUAUUAUUCCAACCGGAUAGUGUGAGAAUAUAUAUAUAUAAAACACAGGAAAAUCACGAUUUUGACUGCACUGAUCUUUUAACAACCACUUUCAUAAGCUUUGUGGUGUACUUUUAGCACAACCAGUUCAGAAGAGGGCUCUCUAUGACAUAACUGGUUAGGAAAAAGAAGAGCAGCCUCCCUCCAUAUCACCACUAUUACAGUUGACAUUUACUAAACAAUGUGUGCCAAGAGAACGUUAGCAUUUUGUUGACCGUGACUAGGGCUCAAUACAAGACAGGAGAAAAAUAAAGCUCUGUCAGUUUUAAUGCAGAGACAAUCUUUUCAUAAUUAUUUUAUUGGGAUAUUCUGUGCCUCAUUCUUGCCUUGCAGACUGACUUUGCCUUAUUAGAAAAACAAGCAAUGUUGAUACUAGCAUUCAUUGCAGACUUGUUGUAACUUUUCUGGUCAAUGUUCAUAUUGAGGUUUUCAUUUUUUUACUCGUGUGAUUUUUUGGGGGGAAUCUUAUGAACUCAUGGAACAUGUAUAGGUAUUUGAACCCUAAGCCUGAUCCAUAUGUCAACUAUUAUGAAAUAACCCUGCAGUACAUUAGAUUAUGUAAAUGACUCUGAUGUCUGGUGUGCGUGUGCAUCUGCUGAGUGACCACAAUGCACCUGUCCAUCUGUGUUAUUUCUCUGCUGUUCCUACAGUGGACCUGUUUGAAUUAGGAGGGAGAGAAUUGACACUUUCAACGGUCUUUAUUACAAGCAGCUGCUUUCCUCCAUUUAUUCCCCCAAACUGCACUUUUCUGGAGAAAUCAUUGAAUUAUGAUUUGUAUUACCCUCGCGACCCCCUCGCGACCCCCCUCAAUUGCCUUUCCUCUCCCACGUUGCUUCCUCCUUUUCCUCCUUUUUCUUCCUCCGUCUCUCCCCGAUCCAACCACUGGCCUCCCACUUAUCCUUCCCUCGUUACUUCAAAGCACUGCUUUCCCUUCACCUCUCUGUCUGUCUCCCGCUCUCUUCUUGACACUCAGCACGAACCACUAGCCCACGCCGCCAGCCCUCCUCCUCUCUACUCCUCCUUCCCUAUUCCUCCUCUCCUCCCAUGAUCAAGUCAUUUCCAGCUGUUUUUCCAGCUGAAGAAGACAGUUGUCUAAAUGUUUACGCAAACAACUACUUUCUUUUUCUUAACACCCUGAUCAAGUUCCAAAAUGAACUUCAAGGCAUGUGUUACAAUACUGAGGAUGACAGGCCAAAUACAACAUUUGAUGACGUUAUUAUGUACUUGCUUUCAAGUCAGGAAGUGUAUUACAAAGGCAGAUAAAAUAGCAUUAUUAUUGAGGAAAUGCAGGAUACUAUGAGAAGGAAAUGUUCAGGGGGAAAUAUGCUAAGAAAGAUGCCAGUAAAGUAAACAUGAGUGGAUGAAAUUGCACAAUUAAACCGGACCACAGCUCCACCAGCCAAGUCAUCUGCUGAGAUGGAGAGGGAGAGAAAGAAAGAGAGAGAAAGAAAGAAAGAGAAAGAAAGAAAUAAUGAGAGAGUUAAAGGACCAGUCAUAGCUUAAGUAAACAACAUAGAAAAAACUGAGUGUCGGUGAGCUGCUGUAUCGUAAGGUUUUCAUGUUGGCGUCUCAGUCUGGGUGCCCUCAGCAUUGGUUUCUUCUUACCAGGCCUUCAAAUCAUCAAUCAGUCUCCCCAUGAUAGAGACAGACAGUCUUUGUUGAAGCAGAGGAGAGUGGUGUGGCUAGUGGCUGCCCCAUGUCUUCUUCAGUAUGUUUUGCUUGGAGCGUUCUGUCUCCACCAGGCAGUGAAAUUGUCAGACCGCAGACCUGAUCAACAGACAAGACAGAUUUAAGUGGACACCAUUAAAUCUAGAAUAUCAUAUUGCCGUUUCUCAAGGCUUGACUCUAAUGAUAUUAUUCAUUUACGGUACUUCUCCUAAAGUACCCCGUUUCGGAUCUAACCCGGGGUCUAAUAGUCAUGUAUGAGUACACAUGUACACACACACAUACACACACACACACACACACACACACACUUGGAUGGCAGACUGCCCUGUCACUGUUCAGGACUGGCUGUUCCAGAUUAGGUCAGAUUUAAUUAGGCUUCCCUGCUCCUUUUGGAGUGUCAGUUCUUGUAGAAAAAGUCAUUACUAAAGAAAAGGCAAUGUUACUGAUGGCCUGAACUGAACACACACUGAGACGCCUGCCAGAAUGUCACAGAGGGUACACACAGACUCCCCAUUUAUAUCACGCAUGCACACACACACACAACCAAUUUGAUCCCAUAUAGAAAUGUGGAUUUACUGAGGUGAUUGAGGUGGAAAUAGAAUUUGAAUUUGUGGUUACAGAGAAGGUUCAACAGGCAUGUAGACAGAAUAGGGAAAGGGAAAGACAGAGGCACUAAACUUAACAGUAAAACUUCACCAAUUUACAUCAGAUAUUAUUCUGUUUUUUCCAGGAAGCUAAUGGAAUUUAAUUUACUAAACAAGCACACCAGUAUUUUUUAUUUGAUUCAUUUAAAAUAUUUCAGUUUUUUCAAGCACUUUCUUGAAAAUAAAAACCAAGGGUUUGAAUACAAAGCAAUGAACAAAAAACCAAACAGUAUUUUUCUGUUACAUUUUCAAUAUUGUUUUUAUUUUGCAUUAGUGAAAUGAAUGUAUUUAUUGCAUGUCUAAAUGUUUUAUAGGUAAUUGUUUUGUGUGUAAAUUUCGUGGGAUAUUAUCAUUAUUUUCUUUAAUUCCAAUGUCUAAAUAAAUAAUUUUUGAUAAGGCUUUUAUUUGUUUUAAGCCAUUGUGAAAAUGUUAUGUUUUUGUUUGUUUCUAUACUCAAAAUCAACUUGGCAAUAAAAAUGAAUUGCGUAAUGGUUUCACAAAG